AUGGACCCUUUCCCGGGAGCCAAAACUCGAAGCCCCCGGGAGCGGCGCUGUCAGAGGGUGACGUCGGGGGGCGGCGCCUGCGCCAUAUAUGGGAGCGGCCGCCCCUCGCCGCGCCCCUCGCCGCCGCCGCCGCCGCCGCCGCCGCCGCGCUCGCUGACUGACUGCCUGACGGCGCCGCGAGCCGGCCCGAGCCCCGCGAGCCCCGCGAGCCCCGCCGCCACCGAGCGCCACCGCGCGCCGCCGCCGCCGCCCCCGGCCGCGCUCCGCGGCUCCUCGCGCCCACCCGCAGCCCGGGAAGUUCCCCCAGACCUCCCCGGCGCCAGCCUCUCUAAAAGCCGAGCGGACGCCGCGGGCGCCCGGGUCCUGCCCUCAGUGCCGCCGGGCCCGGGUGAGCGCGCGGCGCGCAGCUUCCCGACCUGGUUUCGAGGAAUCGGGAGGGCAACAGGGCACGGGCAGCGCGUGGGCCCGGCGGCCGAGCUCCUGCCGCGGGGACUCGGCACCCAGGCGCACUACCCGCCCAAAGGACGUCUGCAGGACCAGGAGGAGCUCCCGGGGGCCAGACGGGCGCCCAGGGGCCGGGCCGGGCGGGGCCUGACCUUCGUUGGGAACCCCGCGGGCCGAGACGGCGACGCCGACCGCUCAGGGCCCCGCGCUCAACGCGAUUUGCACGGGUGGCCCUUGCGCCGCCGCCGCCUCUCCGCCGCCGCCUCCUCCUCCUCGGAGGGCCGAGCCGGGCGGUACGACCUGGCGGCGUCCGCACCCAGGCCCAGCCCGGCCACCCUGCUGGCCUUGCAGUGCCCAGUGGCCCGGCCGCCACGCGCCUCCAAGCCCCUCCGCUCCCGGGGCCUCCACUGCUGCGUGGUGCAAGGCCAGGAGAGCGAGAGGCGAGCUGGUGCCAGACUCAAGAGUCAUCCAGAAACUUGGGCCAAGUCGGGGUCCCAGGGAGCCAAGCCCGGCGCCGGCAACAAGGCCAGGGCAGUGAGCGCCGCGCCCACGCCGUCGCUGGCGAGAAACGUGCGCCCCAAGUGCCCAGUCCCGCGGGAGACAGCGGACGCGCCGCGGAAUUCGCUCGACCCUCUCCCUGGAAAUCCCAGGGCUCUCCAAGCUUUGAACUUGGCAUCCUCGCCGCCGCACCGCCGACCCUCGCCCGCACCCACGCGUGUCUGCGCGCCAGUGCCCCGCCUGGGCCGCGCGGCCGGAGAGCGAGGACGGGGGCUGCGCGGUGGCCACCAGGCCUGCCGCAGCCAGGGCCCUCGGCCCGAGCUCACCUCCCCGCGGUCCGGCCAGGAGGGGCGCAGGCGGACCCUCACCCCCACCCCCACCCCCGGCCCCCCGGAGCCCGAGCGGCCGCCCAGGCAGCGCUCGCCCGCCGCCAGAACGCUGCCAGGGCGCGGCGCAAAAGUUCACUGCGAGGCCAGGCCCGCAGCGCCGCCCGAGGUCCCGGGCUCCCGCGUCCCCAACCCCGCCGCGCGCCCCCGCCGCAGCCCCGCCCGCGCCCCCGCAGGCCAGGGGAACGCACCCCCGCGGCGGGUGGCGCGCCCGGCGCAGCCCGGCCCCCCUGCGCCCAGCGCCCGGCCCGCGGCGCGCCAAGUUCAACUUUCGUGGCCGGCGGCCUCCGGGGGGCCGCAGGCCGGGGCGGGGAGCCCCCGACGGGGCCGCGAGCGGACCCCGCGCGCCUACCUGCGCCGCUCAUUCGACGGGCGUCGCGGGGCGCCCUGGCCGCGAGGUGGCGGCGGCGCCAGCGGCCGGCCGGGAGGGUGUGCGGCCCGGCGCCUUCCCACGUUCCCACCUCCCACCCUCCCGGGAGAGCCCACGGGCCGGGCCGCGAGCGCGCCAGUGCGCACGCGCCGCGCUGCCUUCCACCGCGGGAGGCGGCGGCGCGGCGGGCGGGGGCCGGGCGGUGGCGCGAGGAGGUGCCCGCAGGCGGCCCCGCGGCCCGCCCCCGCCGCCGUGGCCCCCGCCCGCCGCCCUUGCGGAGGGACCUCCGGAGCCUCCCCGGGGCCGGGCGCGGGGCCCCCACGGGGAAGCCUUCCGCAAGCGCCGGAGCCCCGCUCCUUCCUCCAGGGCCCAAAGGCUUUGGCGACCCCUGACCGAAGAGAGCGCGCCAAGCUCGGGGAAGAGGCGCCCCGACUUAGACACCUGUCCGAAGCGUGUCGCAGGCCCUGGGCUGGCCCGAAGCCGUCGGUGUAG